AUGAUUGAAACUCAUCUUCUCGUUCUGGUCCAUGGAAUGUGGGGCAACCCAGAACAUCUAGCUGAGCUCGCUCGGAUCGCACGCGAGACGCACGGCGCAGAGACACCAGACGACUGGGGAGGCGAGCGGGUGGCGAGUGAGGUGCUGGAGACGGUGAAAAAUCUUGAAGCAGAGGGACGAGGUGUUACUCGCUUUUCGGUGACGGGCUACAGCUUGGGAGGGCUCAUCGCACGGUAUUGCGUCGGCGUCCUGCACUCGAAAGGCUUCUUCGAGAAAAUCGAGCCGAUCAAUUUUAAUACUAUAGCUACUCCUCACUGCGGCCUUCCGAAAUACCCUUCGCUCCUCUCAACGCUGUCCAUGACAAUCGGAUCCAAGUUGCUGUCACGGACCGGGGAGCAAUUUUAUUGCCUAGAUAAAUGGUCACCGAAGGGACGCCCUUUGUUGGUCGUAAUGGCUGAUCCAGAACGCGUAUUCUACCAGGCGCUUGCGAAGUUCAAGCAUAUUAGAGUUUAUGCCAAUGCUGUCAACGACAUCACUGUGCCCUACGUAACGGCGGCAAUUGAGACAUCAGAUCCUUUCGCCGACGCGGAGACGAAUGGAGUUUAUGUCAACUUCAAGGAAAAGUAUGACUGUGUAAUUGACACCUACACCGUUCCCGACGUUCCUCCUCCAAAGCCACCAAAACCUACUAUCCUGACAACAAAAUGGUUCAAGAGCUUGAGACCCUCAAAUCCCAGCAAUCUCGUACUCUACUCCUUACUGCCCCUCCUCAUCCCGACGCUCGUUCCGCCUCUCCUUCUCUACUCCGUGCAUGCAUCUCACGUCUCGCAAAAGAGAGUGAAAGCACUUGAGCUUGAGGUUCGCACGUCCGGCCAGCAGAAGCUGCAACACAUUCUCGCCGAGCUCGACCGGGAAAUGGAGGAGGCAGUCGUGGAUCUCAUCGACAACCCGGAGCCGUCGUGGAAAUCUCGCUGCGGGUCAGAGGGCGUUGUCAGAAAGGCUCAUCCCAUCAUCACCUCGACACACGAGCGAAUAGCCCUGUGGUUGAACGCGCUACCUAUCAAGAAAGAACUUGGAUUCUUCCCCUCUAUGAUAAACUCGCAUGCGGUGAUCAUCUGUCGGGAUGUGAAGCGCUUCGAGGCAAACAAGCUCGGAGAGGGCGUCGUGAGGCAUUGGGCGGACUCUUUCAUUCUUUAG